ACCAGGCUAACCCGUGCCGCAGCGCGCGCCCAUUAGCGUGGCUUUCUUGGCGCUCUCGUGAGACACAGCGGCGCACUUCAAUCCGCAACCGGUAGAGCAAUGUUCGGUACAAACGGACACGGAGCUAUUUUGAAACAGUCCAGAGCAGGGAUGAAGAGGCCCAGGAGCCCCGGGCUACUGGAGAAUGUCCUCCUGCCAAAGGCCGAGGAAGAGAAGGAGGAUGAAGAAGCGGAGCGAGCCGCCCCUGGGCGGAGGCCUAAGCGGGAGAGGAGACAGAGCAGUGUGACUCUGUGUGAGGUGUGUAACAUCCAGCUUAAUUCAUUGGCCCAGGCCCAGAUCCACUACAACGGCAAGACUCACCAAAGAAGGCUUCGCCAGUUCAAUCUCGCCAAGGCCUCCAAUGCCGCGCACACACACACAGGUACACUGCCCCAGGCCAACCCCCUCCUGGCCUCCCUAUCCCUCCCGGGACGGCCCCUCCAGACCCAGCUGGACAUCAAGCACUUCCUGCCGCUCCACGUCAACGCCUCCUCCCGCCUUAACCUCUUCCCCAACUUCAACAUGAUGGACCCGGUUCAGAAGGCGGUUAUCAACCACACGUUCGGUGUUGCACCGCCUAAGAGGAAACAGAUCAUCUCCUGCAACAUCUGUCACCUCCGCUUCAACUCCACCAACCAGGCUGAGGCUCACUACAAGGGCCACAAACACGCACGCAAGCUGAAAUCCAUGGACGCCCAGAGGAACCGUCAGAGGGGCCAGGGCUCCAUGGCAGGGAGGGAGAGAAACAGAGACAGGGGGAAGACUGGAGUGGCAAAGUCCCUACCAGCACUGAUGGACCCCAGCCUCACAGAAGGAACAGGCCUGCUCUCGUCUCACCAGCCCCUCACCAGACCGAAGCUGGAUGACCCCCUCCAGGGAGUCUCCCCCACCCCUAUGCCUGUCUCAGAGACCUCUUCCCUGGACGCCUUGGCCCUCCUCUCCCCCCACGUCUCCCCUGCUGUCUACCAGCUCUCGGAGCUCACCUCAGAUGGUAGCCCUAUGGAGGGCCCCAGCCCGACCCCAGACUCCAACCCGUCACUGGAGGGCCAGGGAGAGUCCCCAGGGACACCAGGAGGAGAAGAGGAGACCAGGCAGGGCAAAAAGAGCCCCCCUGCCAAGCAGCACCUCCACUGUCCCAUGUGCAAAAUCACAGUCAACUCCUCAUCCCAGCUAGAAGCCCACUAUAGCGGCUCCAAACACAAGCAGAUGCUGGAGGGCCAGGUGGGUGCUCAGGCGCGACGCCGAGGCAAGGUAAUGUCAUUGCCUAGGCCGACAUGCAGGAGCAAGCAGGCAAUAAGCAGCAAGGCCAGGGUGGGCGUGGCCCUGGCUAGCCAACCGUUCCACUGCGAGAUGUGCGAGGUGUCCGUAAACUCGGAGACGCAGCUCAAACAGCACAUGAGCAGCAGAAGACACAAAGACCGGUUGUCAGGAAAGCCCCAGAAACCGAAGUUCAGCCCUUAUACUAAGAGCCAGCCAAACCCUGUUUUAGCGAGCGUGAGAUGGAGUGGUUUCCCGUUUGGGGGGGUGACCUCGGCCAUAGGGAAACUGGCCAGCCACUGCCACCUCAGCACUUACAGCCCUCAGACCAAACUGGCCCUGCAGAAGCAGCUGUCCAAGGCCCUGUCGGCAGGUUUCCUGGCCAGCCACAUGAACCCGGCCACCCUUUGCACCAUGGCCUCCAAUUCUCUGACCCUGCGGUGCCCCCCGGGGCCAGGCCACACACCCCUCAUCCAGACCCCCCUGCUCAGCCCCGCGCUCUUCAGGCCCGCCCCGGGGCCCCUGAGGGCCACUCACACGCCCAUCAUCUUCUCGCCGUACUAGCCGAGUUUGGACUAGCUUGGAUCAAAUUGGCAUACAUUUACAUUUUAGUAGAGCAGACGAUCUAGCCCGGCCUUUCUAGAUGAAAAAUAAGGACCUAAGUGGAGCUACUCUGAGGCCCUGUCCAGAAACAACCCUUUACCCUUACACCUUGGCAGUUGUGUACAGUACAGUAUAUCAUUUUAUGCUGUAUAAAAUGAUUAGAUAUUUACUGUAUGUAAGCAAUAUGGUUGGAGCUCCACUUUGACUUCUAAUAGGCUAAUUUGAAUGUUCACCCUAUCGCUGAAACCCAUCAAAUCCUUUUCAGAUCUUCACAAGUGCACAGAGGUUAAGGGUUGAUUUUGUACAGGGCCUAAAACGUUUCUAUGCAGCCAAUGAGAGCAGAGCAGUGUGCCACCAAGUCCAACAUGCAAAACCGCUUACUGGCUACGGUGCUACACACUGGAGAACCAGAGAUGGCCGUGGCGUUUCAGCCAACAAAAUUGUUGCCCCUCUCUCCCGUUGGCUCUCUCACGACUGUCGACUGCAUGCUCCAACGUGGUCUGGAGGACCAUCUGUGAAGCCAUAGCGAUGAACGAUCAAGUUGUAUUUGUUUUGUGCUAUUUAUUAGAUGAUGAUAGAGAAGAAGGCCUAUAUUUAUGUCACGUAUAGUGUCUGUUGCCGAUGUCCCCUCGCUUUAGGAUUUUCCAAACAGUUUCACUCUGGGAGUAGGCCUACACUGUCAGAUUUCCCUUGUCCAGUAUUAGUCCCGCACCUUCUGUCAAGGAUACUGUUUUAUUUGUGUUGUGCUUUCAGCUAAGGUACUUUUCAACUAACACUUUCAUUGAAACCCGGUAUUAAAUCCCAAAAGAGCAAACCUAGCUAGGUAGACCCUCCACUGGCCGUCUCUCUCUCUCUCUCUCUCUCUCUCUCUCUCUCUCUCUCUCUCUCUCUCUCUCUCUCUGUCUCUGUCUCUGUCUGUCUGUACUUCUGUUUUCUAAAGCCUUGUUGAUGUUGGCCAACCUAAAUGAAACAGGUUUGGUUUGCUAGGUUGCAGCCGGUAUCCACCGCAUUCACGGUAAAUGCUGCAUACUGUAUGUCAGCUCAAACGGAAAGGACUUUCAAAUGUCAAUUCGCUAUAACGCGGAUCUACCUAAACGAUUUGAAUCCUGGCUUUGGUCUGGGAACAUGAUGCACGAUGCCAAUGUGAGACCCCGAGUCCCAGCAACUACAGACCCAUCAGACAACACAUUAUUAGUCAUUCUGUGUGGCUCAGGCAACGGCAUGGUCAUGUGUUCAAUUCUUGCAGGGAACACAUACACGUACUAAAGAAUGUAUGCACUCACUAUACUUCAAGUCGCUCUGGAUAAAUUAUGUAUACCCUGCUCUCAGCAUUUGACAGAGAAAGAUACAUAAAAUGUAGCUGGUCCCAGAUCUCUAUAUGCUUUCAAGAUAUUCAGAGGAGCUGGCUCAAGCAGAUCUGAAGUCAGGUUAACAUUGAUGGGUAUAAGAAGGUAUCGAUGAGGUAAGGGUCACUCUCUCUCGUGCUCUUUAUUUUUCCACUUUCUCCCUUUCUUCCCUGUGUAAAAAGCAGUAUUAGUAGAGCCGCAAUCAGCCCCUCACUCAAACCUGAUGGAGAAUAUUUUACUUCAGGGAAACAGGACUAAAGAGACAGAGAGAAGGGUGAGGGAGAGAGAGAGUGAGAGAGGCCUGCGUACAAAACACCCAUCAUCUGGGGCUUAUUCAGAAGGGUGCAAUGUCACAGAACAUUUAUCAUUUAGCAUAGAAGUACAGUACCAGUCAAAAGUUUGGACACACCUACUCAUUCAAUGGUUUUUCUUAAUUUUUUACUAUUUUCUACAUUGUAGAAUAAUAGUGAAGACAUCAAAACUAUGAAAUAACAUAUGGAUUCAUGUAGCAACCAAAAACGUGUUUAACAAAUUGGCUACUUCAAAGUAGCCACCCUUUGCCUUGAUGACAGCUUUGCACACUCUUGACAUUCUCUCAGCCAGCUUCACCUGGUUGAGAGUUCCCACAAAUGCAGAGCACUUGUUGGCUGCUUUUCCUUAACUCUGCGUUCCAACUCAUCCCAAACCUUCUCAAUUGGGUUGAGGUCGGGUGAUUGUGGAGGCCAGGUCAUCUGAUGCAGCACUCCAUCACUCUCCAUCUUGGUCAAAUAGCCCUUACACAGACUGGAGGUGUGUUGGGUUAUUGUUCUGUUGACAAACAAAUGAUAGUUCCACUAAGCGCAAACCAGAUGGGAUGGCGUAUCGCUGCAGAAGGUUGUGGUAGCCAUGCUGGUUAAAUGUGCCUUGAAUUCUAAAUAAAUCACAGACAGUGUCGCACCUCCUCCUCAAUGCUUCACGGUGGGAACCACACAUGCGGAGAUCAUCCGUUCACCUACUCUGCGUCUCACAAAGACACGGCGGUUGGAACCACAAAUCUCAAAUUUGGAUUCAUCAGACCAAAGGACAGAUUUCCACUGGUCUAAUAAUGUCCAUUGCUCGUUUCUUGGCCCAAGCAAGUCUCUUCUUAUUAUUGGUGUCCUUUAGUAGUGGUUUCUUUGCAGCAAUUCUACCGUGAAGGACUGAUUCACACAGUCUCCUCUGAACAGUUGAUGUUGAGAUGUGUCUGUUACUUGAACUCUGUGAAGCAUUUGUUUGGGCUGCAAUUUCUGAGGCUGGUAACUCUAAUGAACUUUUCCUCUGUAGCAGAGGUUACUCUGGGUCUUCCUUUCCUGUGUCGGACCUCUUGAGAGGACCGCUUGAUGGUUUUUACGACUGCACUUCAAUAAACUUUUAAAGUUCUUGAAAUGUUCCGUAAUUGACUGACCAUCAUGUCUUAAAGUAAUGAUGGACUGUUGUUUCUCUUCACUUAUUUGAGCUGUUCUUGCCAUAAUAUGGACUUGGUCUUUUACCAAAUAUGUCUGUCUUCUGUAUACCACCACUACCAUGUCAUACAAUUGAUUGGCUCAAAUGCAUUAAGAAGGAAAGAAAUUCCACAAAUGAACUUUUAACAAGGUACACCUGUUAAUUGAAAUGCAUUCCAGGUGACUACCUCAUGAAGCUGUUUGAGAUAAUGCCAAGAGUGUGUCAAGCUGUCAUCAAGGCAAAAGGUACUGUAGCUACUUUGAAGAAUCUGAAAUAUAAAAUAUAAAAUAUAUUUGGCUACUACAUGAUUGCAUUUGUGUUAUUUCAUAGUUUGAUGUCUUCACUAUUAUUCUACAAUGUAGAAGAUAGUAAAAAAUAAAGAAAAACCCCUGAAUGAGUAGGUGAGUCCAAACUUUUGGCAGGUACUGUAUAUCACAUAGAUAGGCAGUCCUCUUUGUCAUAGAGAAUAAGAAAUCAUGCCCACUCUAUACGGUGCAUUUCGAUCUGCAAAGUUCUGAAACGUUUCACUCUUUUGAACAAUCUCCAGAUGCCACCAAGCACACUGUUUAUGGGAGUCUGAAGUACAGGAGCUCCUCUUUAACAAGUGGGAAUCAUGUCCUGAUGCUUUAGCCUGAUAAUGUGUAGUAUGAGGACUUAAUUCAUUCCUGAGGAAGCUGUGACUACAUUUUAGAUUGAACACCUUGCUGAGCCCAAGACCAGAGAGGAGUUAAAACAAAAUACUCUUGCCAGCUGACAUUGGAUCCCAAUACAGCACACACUAGCCUGUGUCUGUUCGAUGGAGAACAGUAAUGUUGCCAGGAGAGAUUAGGCCCAGUCCUGUCCGAACCAUCCAGACGGAUAUCCCUCCUACCAACAGGUGCUGUGUAGGGACUGUCUCUCUGGAACUUGCUACUGGAAGGUAGAGUGGAGCGGGGAAGGGGUUCAUGUAGCUGUCUCGUAUAUAAACGGAUCAGCACAAAAGAAGAUAGUAAUGAGUGUGUGCUUUGGGAGAAUAGGGGUGUACCUGGACCACGUGGCAGGAACACUGUCCUUCUACAGCAUCUCUGACACAAUGACCCUCCUCCAGACCACAUUCACUAAGUCCUUCUAUCCUGGAUUCUUUGUUUGUGUUGGAACCUCUGUGGAGAUACUGACACCUACUCAGUGAUAAAGCUGUAGUCUGCUGGUACCAUUGUUGUGAGCUUUAGAGAUUGAUUUGGGAUUGCAGAUAUCAUAGAGUACAGUACUCAUAGAAGAAAAGGUGCUAUAUAGAACCUAAAAGGGUUCUUCGGCUGUCCCCAUAGGAGAACCCUUUGAAGAACCUUUCCACAGAGGUUUCCACAACUCAAAAGGCUCCUACCUGGAACCACAAAGGGUUCUCCUAUGGGGUCACCCGAAUAACCCUUUUGGAACCCUUUUUUUCUAAGAGUGCAUAAUAAAUGUACUUCAUUUGCAUAUACAGAGGUGUAAUUAAAACCGAGUGUAACAGACUGAGCCUUUGGUUCUCGAAUGAAGGUGAACGCGUAAUGAUGAGACACGUGUACACGUCAAUGGUGGGAAGUUUGAUUGACAGAUGAAAGGGACCAAUCAUCAUCGAGCUUAGUUGAGUCAGUCCGGGAGCGGAACACCGCUGAACAGUUCAAGGGGAGAAGUAAUUUGUAGUUGAUCAUUAAAGUAUUUUGACUUAGUUGUUGCGCUAUAUUUUGCACUAUAACUGAAAAGUGUGUAUUUGGAAAACUUGGUAUGGAAGAUAGUGAGACUUGUGCACCACAUACACCUCUGUGGUUUAUGUUUGCUGAAUAAUAUUCACAAUGUUACUUGUACCACAUGCAACAACUUAAUCAAAAGUAAAAUAAAUUGUACUUGCAAGGAUA